GUUUACAAGAGUCGCUUUUUAUCAGUUCUCUCUAUAAAUCUAUAAACAUACUAGUUUACAAAUUACAAUCAAAAUCAAACCGCUCUUUUCUUCUUCAGCUCUCUCAAUCCAAGUAUCAAUAUGCAGGCGAGCGACAGGUUUAAUAUCAACUCGCAGCUCGAGCAUUUGCAGGCUAAAUAUGUCGGCACAGGGCACGCCGACUUGACUCGAUUUGAAUGGGCGGUGAAUAUCCACCGAGAUAGCUAUGCCUCGUACGUCGGGCAUUAUCCGGUUCUGGCCUACUUUGCGGUCGCUGAAAAUGAAUCCAUUGGGAGAGAGCGCUACAAUUUCAUGCAGAAAAUACUUUUGCCAUGUGGUCUUCCUCCCGAGAGAGAAGACGACUGAAAUGCCUCUGGAGAAUGUUGUGGCUGGUGAAAGCUAAAAACUGCACUUGAAAGUUCUCAGAGACCCGGCCAUGGCUUCCGCCUCUAUCCUCCUAUCUUAGCAAUUCUAGAUUUGGCACUUAAGCUUUAAAUCAUUCACGCUAGUCUGCUAUACUUACCAUCUCUUAAAACAAUGCCUGAUUUUUGCAAGCAAAGAUUGCUACUUUUUCUA